AUGAAUCCCAAUUGUAAUAGAGUCAGAGAGUUUUUCAUUAGACCAAUAAAAGAUAGUAUUACUCCCAACGCUGGUAAUUCUAUUAAUGGUAAAAAUAAGAAAACCAUAAACGAACUAACCAAAUAUUCACAUAUCUUUGAUCCUCAGCAUAAAAUAAAUGAUGAAGUUAUGGCAGUUAAAAAUCAAAGCACAAGGCAUUGUUGUCCAAAUAAUUUUAUUAAAUUUAGGAAAACAAAUAGCACAAAAUCUAAAAACAAUGGCACAACUGAUAUCAAAGGUAUCUUAGGUUCAAUGCAAUUUUUCUUUUAUUCAUCCAAUUAUUUAUAUCGUAAAGAAAGUAUAGUUUAUCAUUGCGAUUUUUUCAGAUUAUUAUAUAUCCCAGAUACUCAUUUCUUAAGUUUGUUUAAAAAAAGUACACCAUCUUUCCACGUAACUCAAAUCGGAGAAGUAUAUUAUAAUGGUAAUUUGGUAGGAACUCAAUAUGCUGAAAGCCCAGUGAUACGGAAUGUUACAUCUGUUUCUCCAUCUUUGGUCAAUCCAUCUGUCGUUAGUAAAAAUACUGAACAAUUUGAGAAAGAUGCAACUCUAGAUAAGGUAAAGAGGGGGGGAAAGUCAAAUAAUAUAAAGCAUAACGUUAAGAUAAAUCAUAAAAUGCUAGGUAAUAAGGAAUUGGAUUUACUAGUAAUGAAAAGGGGAUUAAAUAUUCCAAGAAAUUAUUUGUACUUAAGAAAAAUGGUUAAACGUAAAAUUAAAAAUACAUUUCUUAAAAAAUGGACCGAAUUAAAUGGAUACAAAGCUAUUGAAGAGCAGGAGAAAUUUCAAACUUGUAUUGAUAGAAUAAAACAGAUAGAAAUUUUAUUGAAAUGUAACGAUAAUAAUAAAAAGAAGAAGUCAGUUAACAGCACAGAAGAAUUUCUUCGUCGAAACGUUUUAGAAACGGAAAAAAAUGAUUUGCUCAAAGUAUUAAAGGAUAAUUGUAAAUAUAUAGAUAAUUUGGGUAGAACUAAAAGAGGUGUAGCGAAAAAUGGGAUUUAUAUGUUUCAAAUUUUAAUUUUCCCGGAUGAUAGAACUAUUGAUGAAUUCAAAGUUCAUGUAAACAAAAGUGUCCAAAUUGUAAGCGAAAAAGAUUGGUACAAGCAAAUAGAUUUUUGGGUUAAUAUUGUAAAUAACAAAGUGAAUAUAAACACUUUAAAUGGAAUUUUAAAAAAAGAAGGUUUAAUGUAUAAAGUAUAUGAAAAAUAG